AUGAGCAUAUUUGUUAGCAGGGAUGUGGUGUUCAAGGAGGAGAUAUUUCCUUUUAGAAAUAAUACAUGCCCAAUUGAUGCAUAUGACCUUUUUACCUCUCAAAAUUCAUUGGAGGCAGAAGAGAUGGUACAAUCACAUCCAACUGUGCUACCAUCUACAUCUCAGAACAUGCAACCACAAAUUGAAGACACUACUACUACAGUAGAGGAAGCCACAAAUGAUGCAAGAGUUCUAGACAAUGUUAUACCAGAUGAGAAUGUAGCUCAAGUGAAUGACAAUUUUACUGAUGGCCGAGGAGCUGAGCCAACAGACGCCCAGCAACAUUCUUCAGAACCAACAACAUCUGAACAAGAAGUUGAGCCAAUAGCAGUUCAGGUGCACUCUUUGGAACCAACAGAGGAUGGAAGUAUACAUCCUCAACAAGCAUCUGCAGAUGUGAGAACUAGGAAGUCUGGUCGACAAGGAAAGCCAUCCAUUUGGCUUAAGGAUUAUGUUACUACUUCUUUCAAAGAAGCUGCAUAUGAUCCAAGGUGGAUAGAAGCUAUGAACCAAGAGAUUAAAGCACUUGAAGACAAUCACACCUGGGAGGUGGUGGACCUAACAGAAGGUAAGAAACCAAUUGGUUCUAAGUGGGUAUUCAAGAUCAAAUACAAGUCCAAUGGUGAAGUUGAGAUGUUCAAAGUACGGCUGGUUGCAAAAGGAUACACUCAACAAGAAGUGUUGGACUAUCAUGAGACAUUUUCUCCAGUUGCAAAAAUGGUAACUGUGAGAACUGUACUUAGCAUAGCAGCCUCAAAGGGGUGGAUUCUACAUCAAAUGGAUGUCAACAAUACGUUCCUACAUGGUGAUUUAUAUGAGGAAGUGUACAUGCUCUUGCCACAAGAGUAUGAUCAACAUGUAGGACAUAGUGGAGAGGAAGAAUUGCAGGAUAUAGCAAGUUACCAGAGGUUAGUAGGUAAAUUACUCUAUUUGACCAUCACACGUCCUGACAUUUGUUUUGUUGUACAAGUGCUGAGUCAGUUCAUGCAACAUCCAAAGCAAUCUCACAUGGAUGCUACACUUAGAGUAGUCAGGUACAUCAAAGGCUCACCUGGACUUGAUAUAUUCCUAAAGAAUGGUCCUAUUUCACAUCUCACUGCCUACUGUGAUUUUGACUGGGCGGCAUGCCCAAAUACACGAAGAUCAAUUACUGGAUAA